AUGUACAACGCCAGCCCGGAGGUGAUCUCGGCGGCGUACCGGCAGUCGUGCCACAAACACGGCUCGCAGCCGCUGCCGGCCGUGCUGCGUCAGAUCGCCGCGCUGCCUGUCAUCGGAGACCGGGUCGAAAGCUUCUCGCUGCGCGGCCUGCGCCUGGAGCGUGCACAGUGCGAGAGCCUCGAGGAGGUGCUCAAGAAGGUGCAGUUCAACCUAGUGGACGUCAGCGGCUGCGGCCUGGACGACGACUCGGCCGCCGCCAUAUUCGAGAUGGUCGAGUUCUACGACUCGGCGCUGGCGGUCAGCUUCGGCGGCAACCGACUGGGCGUGCGCGGCUGGCAGGCGUGCUGUCGCAUGAUCAAGGCGAGCGCCUCGCUGGAGCGCCUGUCGGCCGAGGGCGUCGAGCUGUACGACCAGUCGGCGGCGGCGCUCGGCCGCAGUCUUCGGCUGUCGCCCAGCUUGCGCGUGCUGCACCUGGAGGGCUGCCGGCUGCACGGCCGGCCCAUGGCGCUGCUCAUCGCCGGCCUCAAGCAGAGCCCGGCGCUCAAGGAGCUGUACCUGGGCGAGAACGAGCUGGGCACCGGCGAUGGCUCCAUGCUGGGCAACAUGCUCAAACUCAACUUGCGCCUGGACCUGGUCGACCUGCGCAUCAACCACUUUGACAACGACAGCGUCAGCUUCCUGCUGGAGGCGCUGGCGCAGCAGCCGGCGUCGGCCAAGGGUGAGGGCCUGGCCUCGUUGAACCUCUGGUGCAACCGGUUCACGGUCAAGUCUGCCGGCUGCCUGGCGGCGCUGCUCGGACGCCACACAGCGCUGGAGACGCUCAACCUGGGCCGCAACGUGCUCGGCGACGAGACGCUGCGCGUGGUGAAGGAGGCGCUCAUGGGUAACGCCAGCCUGCGGCGCCUCGGCCUGCAGGAGUGCCGGCUGGGCUGCGAGGGCGCCGUGGCGCUGGCCGAGAUCCUGGCCGGCAACGCAGCGCUGCAGCGCGUCGACCUGCGCGGAAACGGCGUGCGCGUCGGCGGCUUGCUGGCGCUGACGCGCGCGCUCGAGCACAACACGCGCCUGCUGCAGCUCGACCUGGACCCGGCCGGCGACGAGCCUGAGCGGCUCAUGCUGCACGCGCGCAUCCGCGACUUGUGCGAGGCUAAUCGACAGCGCAGCCAGCCGGAGGAGGAGGCGCCGCGCAGCGACACCAUCCUGCGCCGACUCUCCGACAGCGACGCUAGCAGCAGCCCCAGUCCCAGCCCGGUGCGCGUGGCCGCGCGCGGCUUCCGCGUCACGCCCGUCUCGGAGCCGGCGCGGCCCAGGUCGACGCAGUGA